AUGUUAACCUCUUCAGAAGUCAUGGGACUCGGUCAGUCCAGCAGGACAUCGGUCAGUGAUGACCCAGAUGAGGUCAACUUUGACCACUUUCAGAUCUUGAGAGCCAUUGGAAAAGGCAGUUUUGGAAAAGUAUGCAUUGUCCAGAAAAAGGACACGAAGAAAAUGUACGCCAUGAAGUAUAUGAACAAACUCAAGUGCGUGGAGCGCAAUGAAGUGCGCAAUGUCUUCAAAGAGCUCCAGAUCAUGCAGAACCUGGAGCACCCGUUCCUGGUCAAUUUCUGGUACUCGUUUCAAGAUGAGGAGGACAUGUUCAUGGUUGUUGACCUGCUGCUGGGAGGAGAUCUGCGUUAUCAUCUACAGCAGAACGUGCACUUUACAGAGAGCACAGUCAAGCACUAUGUGUGUGAAAUCGCCCUCGCUCUGCACUACCUGUGCAACAAACGCAUCAUCCACAGAGACAUUAAGCCAGACAACAUUUUGCUGGAUGAGCACGGUCACGCUCACCUGACAGAUUUUAACAUCGCUGCUAUUGUGAAGGAGGACUUAAAAGCCACAUCUAUUGCAGGGACAAAACCAUACAUGGCCCCAGAACUAUUCCAGUCGUUCGAGGGAACACGCCCGGGUUACUCUUUCGCAGUGGACUGGUGGUCUUUAGGGAUCACUGCGUAUGAGCUUCUCCGUGGACAGAGGCCGUACAUCAUGCGCGCCAACACACCAGCCAAUGAGAUACUGCAGACUUUCCACAAAGCGCACCCCUGUUACACCGCCGCCUGGUCUACAGGGAUCAAAUCACUCUUACCAAAGCUGUUGUGUGUAGACGCUCAGAAGAGGAUUUCCAGUCUCUCGGAGCUCCAGGACCUGGAAUACCUCUCUGAUGUCAAUUGGGAUGCUGUGCUUAACAAACAAAUCCCACCUGGAUUCCUCCCUGAUAGGCGGCGACUAAACUGCGACCCCACAUUUGAGCUGGAGGAGAUGAUCCUGGAAUCCAAACCACUGCACAAGAAGAAGAAGAGGCUGGCGAGGAAGACGAGGGAGAGCGGCUCUGAUGGAUCUCCUCAGAAUGGACAACUCCAGCAGCGCUUAGAGACUGUCCAAAGAGAUUUCAUCGUCUUCAACAGGGAGAAGUUGAGGAAAACCAAAGCAGACACUGAGACAAACAACCUCAAUGCAGAAGAGACGAACAAAGCCAUUCAAGAUGGACAGAACAACAACGUAGAGCACUGUUUAUCAGGCUAACAUCUGGACCCGCCACAGCGUUCCUCCUUCUCUCGACGCUAACGGCGAACAGCCCUGGACCCCAGCAAACGCAUGAGAAAAUCCACGGGAAGAUCACGGAUUCUGGAUGGAAGCAUCAACCUGGUGUGACCCUCGUGCUCUGCAUUAACCGGCCUGACUACACAAUCACACACAUAGAGAAAGAACUGGACGAUGAUGCUCUCUGCACCUGGCUGUGAAAUGUGUGCCUUACUAUUUAAUGGAUUUCUCUAAUGUGUUUGGAGGCACGUGAAGAUUCACCGCUGUCUGAUUCAGCGAGUGAUCGGACUCCAGCCCUUCACCGUGAUUUAUAAAGCUGCGCUUCUUAACAUACAAAUGCAGAGAACAGAAUGUUCUCAGAAUGAGAAGGUACUCACUUCACCUCAUUAUGCCGCUGUGAUUCAUUCAAAUGAUGCAACUGUGAACCUUACGGAGCUGCAGAAAACUGUCAUUCAUGCCACUGAGAGCAUUAUGUGGCCUUUCUGCUUCUUUAGCGUUUCUGGAGAUUCAUUGCUGGAUCACACUGUGCCGCUGAAUAAGAUAUGGUCCAAUCAUAAUAAAAUCAUUUAAUAGCAUCAUCUGACAAGUCUAAGGUUUGCACAGCCUAGGAUUAUUCACACAAUGUCUGGCUCAUUUAUUUAAAAAAUAAUAAUAAUA